AUGGACCGCCAGUUUCCGAAUCUGACCGACCUGCUGUACCAGCAGAACCUGGAGCGGCUGAACGAGUACGAGCACCUGGGAGGUGAGAGACUGGAGAAGUAUGAGAACGACCGGUCCACGUCGGUUUCCCUGGAGGAGGAGGACUGUUCGUCGCCGUUCGGGGUGGAUCUGAGCGGGAAGAACACCAGCUUGGGCGGGAAAUCCUUCACGAUAGCCGCGAUCCUCGGCCUGACUAAGUCCGAGGAGGAUGUGAUGAAUUUGAGCGUUCAAGAGAGGCUGCAUCAGAACCAGAAGCAUUUGCAGAGUUACCUGUACUCGGGGCACGACGUGCAGCGGAUUAAUGAUGGAUUUUGCAGGGUCGCAGUCCCGUCGGCGCUACGGCAAGAUACCCCAAGAUCUGAGCUCAGGCCGCAGGCUCAAUUGAAGAGUUCCAGGUCACACUCCAUAUCCUGUUCUAAUGGAGCUGGAAGAAGUAAGCGAAUACGAACAAUCUUCACACCGGAACAGCUGGAACGGCUUGAAGCCGAAUUCGAGAGGCAGCAGUACAUGGUCGGCCCCGAGAGGCUCUAUUUAGCUCAUGCUUUGCAGCUCACUGAAGCUCAGGUGAAAGUGUGGUUCCAGAACCGUCGUAUAAAAUGGCGGAAACACCAUUUAGAAGUGACGCAGCAGAGGCUGGCCGUCCUGCAGAGGCACAGGCCUGAAGGAGAGGAUAUCAUGUAG